AUGGAGUACGGGCAAGCGAUCAUAUCAGUCCCAUCAAGUCAUCCCAUAUGUAUAUCUCAUCUCCCAUUAACCACAUCCUUUGAAUCCUUACAACUCGCCAUAUCAAACCAUGAAUCCUGGCUAGCCAAUCUAGAUUGGUAUAUAUCUACCAUAGGUGGCCGCAUACUAUCCCCUGAUUCCCAUAUAUUCACAGAAUACGACAAUGAAACACAUCUGGCAUUAUGUUUUCGAUUGCCUGGUGGGAAGGGUGGAUUUGGUUCGCAGUUACGAGCUCAAGGUGGUCGCAUGGCUUCCCAGAGAUCCACAAACUUUGAGGCUUGUAGAGACUUGUCGGGGCGUAGGCUCAAAACGGUGAAUGAUGCUAAAAAGCUCGCAGAGUACAUGGAAAAGGAACCAGAACGUGAACGUGAAAAGCAGGACAAGAUCAAGAAAAAGAUUGCUGAUGGCCUCAAAGUCAGAGAAGUACCCGUCAAAGGUCCUUCUCUGAGUAAGGAAUAUGUAGAAGCUUUGGAAAAGACUGCCGAGGAUGUCAAGAGUGCUGUUGCCAAAGCCAUGGCCAAAUCAUCAGAUGGCAAACCGAAAUCCACAUCAUCAGCACCAACAGUAGUGAAACCUGCUCCAGCCAAGAAAAUAUGGCAAGUUCCCAAACUCAAUGAUGAUGAAGACAGCGACGAGGAGGAAGAGGAGCUACCACCUGUAGAUCCCAAGGGGAAGGGUAAAGCUGUCCCAAAGAGAAAGGCCAAAGACGAGCAUAUUGAUGCUCCCACAAUCAAAAAGAAUAAGAAAUAG